AUGGACACUCUCAAAGCUGCUGCUUAUAGGGCGAAAGAAGGAUUUUAUGACAAAAUUGGCAAUGAUCAUUUGAAAAAAGCGCGAGAUGAAAAACGUCCAUCUCAUGAUCGCGCUGAACAUAUGCGGGAGGCAGCAGAUUAUCAAUACAAAGCUGAAACCGCUGGUGUAAAAUCUGAUCAACAUAAAUCACGUCGUGAUUCGAAGACCUGA